AGCAUCUCCUUAUUACUCAAUAACAAACUCCUUAUCAUUCAUUAACAAAAAUCCAUUAGUCUUGAAGCUACUCAAAGUCCCAAAAUUUGGGGGGUUCUAAUUAGACCCCAAGAAAUGGCCAGCUUUUGGCCUCAUGUGGCUUAUGCCCUGGCAGUAUGGUUGGUUGCAACCAGUGUACCUGCCACUGCUGAUUACAAGCCUUACAUUUAUGCAUCUCCUCCUCCACCACCUUAUGAAUACAAAUCACCACCACCGCCACCACCGAUGUACGAGUACAAGUCACCACCACCACCAGCGUAUGAGUAUAAAUCACCACCUCCACCACCACCUAAGUAUGAGUACAAGUCACCGCCGCCGCCAGUGUACGAGUACAAGUCACCUCCACCACCCAAGUAUGAGUACAAGUCACCACCACCACCAGCGUAUGAGUAUAAAUCACCACCUCCACCACCACCUAAGUAUGAGUACAAGUCACCGCCGCCGCCAGUGUACGAGUACAAGUCACCUCCACCACCCAAGUAUGAGUAUAAGUCUCCACCACCUCCUCCUUAUGUUUACUCAUCACCACCACCUCCACCAUAUGUCUAUAAGUCCCCACCACCUCCUCCCUAUGUUUAUUCAUCACCACCACCUCCUCCUUAUGUCUACAAGUCUCCACCACCACCUCCUUAUGUUUACCCAUCACCACCACCUCCACCAUAUGUCUAUAAGUCCCCACCACCUCCUCCAUAUGUCUACUCAUCACCACCACCACCUCCUUACAUCUAUAAGUCCCCACCACCUCCUCCUUACGUCUACAAGUCACCACCUCCUCCUCCUUAUGUGUAUUCAUCACCACCACCACCUCCUUAUGUUUACAAAUCUCCGCCGCCUCCUCCUUAUAUCUAUAAGUCCCCACCACCUCCUCCUUACGUCUACAAGUCACCACCUCCUCCUCCUUAUGUGUAUUCAUCACCACCACCACCUCCUUAUGUUUACAAAUCUCCGCCGCCUCCUCCUUAUAUCUAUAAGUCCCCACCUCCUCCUCCUUAUGUGUAUUCAUCGCCACCACCACCUCCUUAUGUCUACAAAUCUCCACCUCCUCCUCCUUACGUCUAUUCCUCACCACCACCUCCUCCUUAUGUUUACUCAUCGCCACCACCACCUCCCUACGUUUACAAGUCGCCACCUCCACCUCCAUAUGUCUACAAAUCCCCACCUCCUCCUCCUUAUGUUUACCCAUCACCACCACCUUACUACUACAAAUCACCUCCACCACUGCCUAAGUAUGAGUACAAGUCACCACCACCACCAGUGUACGAGUACAAGUCACCACCACCUUACUACUACAAAUCACCUCCACCACCACCUAAGUAUGAGUACAAGUCACCACCACCACCAGUGUACGAGUACAAGUCACCACCACCUUACUACUACAAAUCACCUCCACCACCACCUAAGUAUGAGUACAAGUCACCACCACCACCAAUGUACGAGUACAAGUCACCACCACCUUACUACUACAAAUCACCUCCACCACCACCUAAGUAUGAGUACAAGUCAGCACCACCACCAAUGUACGAGUACAAGGCACCUCCACCUAAGUACGAAUACAUGCCACCAGUGUACAACUCACCACCGCCACCACCUAAGUACGAAUACAUGCCACCAGUGUACAACUCACCACCGCCACCACCUAAGUACGAGUACACAUCACCAGCACCACCUCCAGUUUACUAAGCAUUCAAGUCUUUUUGUUCUUCUCAUAUCGCAAAUUGUUAAACAAAUAACUGCUGCGAAAGAUGGUAUCAUCUUGGUGACUCUCUUACAUCCAUUGCAUCUCGGCCGAAUUGACAAUAAGAGGGCUUAGCAAGAACCCGAUGCAUAAUUUUGCAGCUUUCAUACCUAAAAAUUUAUUGUCAUGUCAUAUUGUGUUAUGUUUGGGAUAUGUAUAACAUAUUUGUUGACGCCUUCUACGACGUCGUCAUGUAAUCAAUUGGACAAUAUUUUAUUCUAUAUUUGCUUAUUUUAUUAAAUAAAUUGAGAUUUUCUGCGAAUCUCAUUCGUCGUUAA